CUCCGUUCUGGCUCCGCCCCCAUUCCCGGCGCGGGCCGCAGUCGCGCGGGGCGGGCGAGGCGAACGGCGGAGCUUCGGAACCGGCGGCGGUACCGGCGGGUUGAGGCGAGAAGCGGCGGUUACAGCCAGCAUGGCGCUGUCCGUGCCGGUCAACGGGCUGAAGGAAGGCGAUAAAGAACCCGUCAUCGAGCUGUUCGUUAAGGCUGGAAGCGACGGGGAAAGCAUAGGAAACUGCCCUUUCUCACAGAGGCUCUUCAUGAUCCUUUGGCUGAAGGGAGUGGUGUUCAGUGUCACAACAGUUGACCUGAAGAGAAAACCAGCAGACCUUCAAAAUUUGGCUCCAGGCACCCACCCACCCUUUAUAACUUAUAAUGGUGAAGUGAAAACGGAUGUGAACAAGAUUGAAGAGUUCCUGGAAGAAGUUUUGGCUCCACCAAAAUACCUGAAACUUUCUCCAAAGCACCCAGAGUCCUACACUGCUGGAAUGGAUAUUUUUGCCAAAUUUUCUGCAUUUAUCAAAAAUUCCAGGCCGGAGGCUAAUGAAGGCUUAGAACGUGGCCUCUUGAAAACCCUCCAGAAAUUGGAUGAGUACCUGAACUCUCCUCUUCCUGAUGAGAUAGAUGAGAACAGCAUGGAGGAUAUCACAGUUUCUACCCGCAAGUUUUUGGAUGGCAAUGAGAUGACACUAGCAGACUGCAACCUGCUGCCCAAACUACACAUUGUGAAGGUGGUGGCCAAAAAAUAUCGCAACUUUGAGAUCCCCAAAGAAAUGACGGGGAUUUGGAGAUACCUGACCAAUGCUUACAGCAGGGAUGAGUUCACCAAUACCUGUCCUGGAGACAAAGAAAUUGAAAUAGCUUACAGUGAUGUAGCCAAGAGACUUACUAAGUAAACAGCACUUGCAAAAAGAGACGACUUCUUGCGUAUUCCGUAACAAUGCUUCUAACAGACUGCUCUUUUCAUAUAAGAUAGCAAUGUUUUUGUUUCGUUUUGGUUUGUUUUUUUGCAUGAACUCGCAGUUUAUUCCAAGUUAUGGUGGAUAGACCGGGUACAGUAAUUCCCUAAAGUUUGCAGACUUAAUUAUAGGCUUGUUUUUCCUUACCUCUUUUUCAUGGCAAGUCAUAUUAUUAAUGCAGUUAUGUUACCAUUGUGGGGCGUUGGGUUCUUCAGUAUGAAGAGUUCUCUUGCCCCCAUUCCUUUUCUUUGCAAACAUUUGGUCCCCAUCUACAAAUUGGUGUGGGAUAUACCUGUCUUUCUGUAUGGUACAAGGAAUAUUUAUGUAUUUUGGAAUUUAUUGCUCAUCCAGAAGUUCUAUAACAGUUGUCAUAUGUGCAACGCAUCGAGCUGUACCUGUUGGUCUAUCCUGUUUUCAUAUAGAAGGGAACUUAGUCUCCAGAAAAAGCCAUUUGAGAACUAUUUGGCAAUGCUUUUAAAAUAGAUAUAUAUAUAUAGAUAUAUAAAUACACAUAUAUAUUAUAAUUCUCUUGGAUUUGAAAUCACAGUAAUGGUUGAGAAUGGACUCACACGUGAAACUUGGAUUUGAACAACCUCGAACAUCAGGGAGUUUAAAUCCAGGCUUGUGCACUACAGCCAGGAGCUCACGGUGCCGAGGUAACAUUUAGUUGUGUCUCCAAGAACGUGGUGAGAUCAAACAACAGCAAAGCAACUGACAGCUUACUCUUAACCCCAAAUUCUGAGUUGCAGCAAAUGAAUUCCUGUCAGGAUGCCCUUUAACAUCACGAAACCAAAUGAAUUGGAUGCUUGCCAUCUGUUCACCUUAAGCAUUUCAAGUGGCUUUCUAUUUUUUUUUUUUUGGUAGUUAAGAGCCUUUAUUUUGUAUAGGUCUUUCUGGUGAUAUUUACUUACAAAUCUUUGCUGUCCUAAGCAAAAACGUGUGAACGUUAGCGACGAGUAGCUGCUGUACGUGGUGGAUAGCAGUGCAAUGAUGGGCGAUGCAAAACUGAACGCUGAGAGCCCUUGGAGUUGGAGCCUCUCUGGGAACUUUUGUAAGCUGUUUGACUUUAUGUUUGUCCUAAAGAAAGCUGAAGUGACCUUUUAAAGAUAACACUUGCCUUAAACUAUAGCGUUCCCUUUUCUUUUUUGAACCUGAAAGGAUAUCUGUUAGUUACUCCUGUCAAGAAAGGGUGCGUGGGAUCCAGCCCUGUGUGCUGCAUUUACCUGACCUGCUUUCUGUGCAUCUGGAUUGCAGCUUUGCAUGAUCACAAUCGUUGCACUACUAUGCAUGACCUUUUUACUGCAACACUGAGGAAUAGCACUGCAGGUUUUUUUUUUAAGAACCAAUUUUUAAGUAUUUCUAAAGUGGGGAAAAUGGUUUCCUUGUUUCAGACGAAUGAUUUUUGGUGCACGGAAUAAACAGCUCAGUCAUUUUUUAAGAGAUCACCAUAAACGACUCCAAAGAACACUAGACUUCUAUGCCUAUCUUUUUUUGUAAAGCUACUUUUGUAUUGAACUGGUUUCAGAAGUGCUAUUCCUGCUCGGUUGUGCUUGGAAUAUUUGGCAUUCUGCAAUAACACAAAGGCGCUCACAUAAACACUUUUAUACACUAUGAUUUUUGGUAAGCCCAACUUUUCUAAGCGUCCUGCUUUUGCUACUUUACGUACCCGUGACGUUAGCUUGAUGUAGAAGAGGUAGAGUAAGAGAUGUGCGUUUGUACACGUGGCUUGUGGUGCCUUGUCCUGCCUUCCUAGAGCUAGAACUGCAAUGCAAAGGCGAUUGGCAGUCCUGUUACACGUCCUUCUAAGGAAACCAUAGAUACACUUAGACCUUACUGUGACUUAUUACGGGAGUGUUCAGGCACUGAAACAAAACCCUGCAGAGCAACCUGGUUAGGAAGAAUUAAUUGUUGCCCUUUAUUAGUUAUUGUGUUCUGAUGUCAUGUUCUCACCCUGACUGAAGUUUCUCAGCCAUAACGAUCCUCUGUGUAGGGGUUCAGCCUCUGCUGCAAUGACAGGGAUGACUUCUUUUGUCAGAUAACAGCACUUGUGUUGACGCAGGGUUUGAAAAGGUUGUUGUGGUGCUCCUCGUUUGUACGGUUAACCCUUCAAAACAGAGAAUAGGAAGGGAUGUCAUCAGUUUGUUCCAUUCUGAGCUCCCCUUUUAAAGCACCGAUCGGCCCUUGGAGCUGUCUGAGGCUCUAAGAGCACGUUGGCUGCUGCACUUAGCACGCCUGCAUGCAUGUCAGCAUGGAGCAGCUUUGUGCAGCUUCUCCUGUGCGUGCUGCCUGCAUAUCAAUGCACGCAAAUGCCAAACCUGCUCAAGCAGCAGCAGGCGUGCUGUCUCGUAAUGAUAAUAUAUUCUCCCUGCUUUCCAGGCAAUCUUCAGACCAUUGUAAUACACCGUAUUCAGCACAAAGUAUUAUAAUGAUGCUGUCUGAACGCUUGUAAACAAAGCUGAGGCUCUUGCUGUAACGAAUGUAUGUUUUCUAUCCGCACAACGCAGUGCUGAGCGUUGGAGCCUUUCUCUUAGGGGCAUAACUCAAGCAAGCGCCAGGUUGGUAAUUCCAAAGGCGGUGAUGUGUGACAGCUGUCCUCUUGGCUUCCUAUGGCACAGCUGGGGCAGAAGUUGGCCAUCCCUUGUGGCUUCAGCAGGACUCAAUGGGGCUCAGCACUGCUCUCCCCCCAGGUGAGCUCUCCAUGCAUCGCCGGGGUGGUGCGAAGCCUUCGCGUCUGGUGUGGGCAGAGCGCUUUCAUCUGGCCCCAAUCAGCAGCCUGACAUUAAUUAAAGAAAAAAAAAAUAAUAAUAAUAAUAAAAAAAAGCCCUUUCAUAACUAUGUAAAUUCUUGACUUCUGUCAACUUGUUUACAAUCUGAUCUUUGAAUGCAUUUUUAAUUUCAUCAAACAGCAAUUAAUCUAGCCCUGUUUAAAUUUAAAAUGAUGCUCCUAGCCCCUUCUGAAGCAGUUACCCUUUCAAGUAGGCAUUCCAGUUUGCAGGCUGGCUGCAUGUAUUAGCACGCUGAGCAACUUGUUCUAAUCCCAAGCUGAAGCAUUGCAUUUCCAUUAUAACAGGUGACUUCUGUUCCCUGAACUGAAAAACCCAGCUGGUUUUGUGUGGGAGAACAGAUGAGAGUAUAGGCAUGAUUUUCUUUCUGGGUUGGUUUUUAACUUGUUAACAAAGCUUUCCUUCUCCAAGAGAUUCCCCUACACGUACCCAGCUGCGGGUUGACCAAGAGCCAUGGGAACUUCUGGAACAUUCCACACUGUCCUGCCCGUCUGCUGCUCUGUGUCAAUGGCCCUUAUAAAUGGGAGCAGCCACAGCUCUCCUACGUUUGCAUUUUCCCAUCAAAUCAGUGGGGUUUGUUUUAUUCCCCUGUGCCGGGCAUGCCUGGACUGAUGGAGAGCUGCAUGUCGUUCCAUGAUAAGAGGGGAGAUGUAAUCGAGUUUUUAUGCUAAAGUAGCAAAUUAGCAUUUCAUAUCAAAGGAGCUCAGACAUGAAUAAAUGGAAGAUGCCUGCGCCAAACCCGCUGAUGCCUAUCUCGAUGGAGAACAAAAAGUGGCAAAGUGCAGUCAACAUAUUUUUUUUCCACCCUUUGCCACUCAGAGCGCGAUCUGAAUGCAUCCCAUUAACCUUUCUCUUCAGAAGAAAGCUUUAUCCAGAGUGAAAAACCCUUAAUCUGCCUCAGAACCCGUGCCACAAACUUAUGCUGUGUUCGCACACAGGGAAGGGGGGGAUUGGAGCUGGAUGGGUUAUGGAGACUCCCAGUGCAGGUAUGGGGAAUGGGAGCGUCGUUUGCAGAACUGCUUGAAAGAGUUGAUCCGAUCUGUUGUCGUUUGCUUCUGUCUUUCACCCUCUGGAACAUCUUUGACAGAUAUCCCAGUGUACUGCUGGCAGCUAUUGUUAAAAAUAAAAGUAUAUUUUCACUACCAA